CUGUGUGUGCCUCCGCCUGCCGGGUGUCCCUGUAACGGGAAACGAACGCACCGGACACCGCCCACCACUGAAGCUACCUCCUGUCUCUCGAUGUUGCCAACGACAGCUAGCUGCUAGCCGGCUAACCAGUUCCUGUGUGUGAGUGUGUUGCCUUCAGUCUGUAAUGGCGGCAGGUGGGAACCCAGGUCCGGGGGCCACACAGUGCGUGACCAAGGUGGCGCUGAGCAUCUCCUGUCAGAAUCUGCUCGACAUGGACACAUUCUCCAAGUCCGACCCGCUGUGCGUGCUUUUUAUGAACAGCUCUGGGCCCCACUGGUGUGAGAUUGGCCGGACAGAGAAAAUAAAAAACAGCCUUAAUCCAAGCUUCUCCAAGACCUUUGUCAUCGACUACUACUUUGAGAUGGUGCAGAAGCUGAAGUUCGAAGUGUACGACAUCGACAGCGAAAACUGCAGUCUGCAAGAGGCUGACUUCCUGGGGGAAGUGGAGUGUACUUUGGGACAGGUUGUGUCCUCAAAGAAAAUUACACGACCACUUGUCAUGAAGAACAAGUCGCCUGCAGGAAAAGGAACCAUCACUAUAAGCGGAGAGGAAAGAACAGACAACCGGGUGGUGGAAUUUGAAAUGGCAGCUAGAAAACUGGAUAAAAAGGAUUUCUUUGGGAAGUCCGACCCUUUCCUGGAAUUCUUCAAGCAGACAGAAACUGGAUGGCAGCUGGCUCACAGGACAGAGGUGGUGAAGAAAAACUUAAACCCAACAUGGAAACGAUUCCGUGUCCCGCUGCAAUCACUCUGCGGAGGAGAUGUGGAGAAAUCUAUCAAGGUUGACUGUCACGACUACAACAGCAGCGGAUCUCACGAAUUCAUCGGAUCCUUCCAGGCCACACUCUGCCAAAUACAGCAGGCUUCACAGACGUUUGCGGCUGAGUUUGAAUGCAUCAACAGUAAGAAGAAGCAGAAGAAGAAAGGAUACAAAAACUCUGGUAUUAUCGUCAUAAAAAAGUGCAAGGUUGUGAAGGAGUACACGUUUCUGGAUUACAUAAUGGGUGGCUGCCAGAUUAACUUCACUAUUGCUGUUGACUUCACUGGUUCCAAUGGAGACCCCAAAUUCCCUGUAUCCCUCCACUACAUCAACCCUCAGGGCUAUAAUGAAUACCUGGCAGCAAUCUGGGCAGUGGGCAAUGUCAUCCAGGACUAUGACAGUGACAAGAUGUUCCCUGCUUUUGGUUUUGGAGCCCAGAUCCCUCCGACAUGGCAGGUCAGCCACGAGUUUCCCAUCAACUUCAAUCCAUCAAAUCCGUUUUGUGAAGGGAUAGAAGGUGUGGUGCAAGCCUACCGCCAGUGUCUGCCUCAGUUGAAGCUUUAUGGCCCCACAAACUUUUCUCCAAUCAUCAACCAUGUGGCCAACUUCGGCAGACAAGCCCUGCAGCAGAAAACUGCCUCUCAAUACUUUGUUUUGCUCAUCAUCACUGACGGAGUGAUCACAGACAUGGAUGAGACCCUCAACGCCAUCGUCAACGCCUCUCGUCUGCCAAUGUCUAUCAUCAUUAUUGGAGUAGGGGGGGCGGACUUCACUGCCAUGGAGUUCCUGGAUGGAGACGAUGGACAUUUACGCUCGGCUACAGGCGAGACCGCCAUGAGGGACAUUGUGCAGUUUGUGCCAUUCAGGCAGUUCCAAAACGGUCCUCAAGAAUUGCUCGCUCAGACUGUCUUGGCAGAAGUCCCAGGUCAGGUGACGGACUUCUUCAGAGCCACGGGUUUGAGGCCACCCCAGAGCGACACACCUCUCCCUGACGCAUCCUGAGAAUCAGCUUUUCUCCUCAGUACAACACCUACAAAGGCCACUUAAACUCUGGAAUGUGUGUUUACAGGUCGUUUUCUUUCAAGUGUAAUAAUUAUCAUAACGUCGUCAUACGAGCAUGUAAAAAGAUGUACUAAUAAUAUAGAUCCAUAGUUGAUGAAGCCAUAUUACCCAGAUAUUGUCAAAUAUUUCAAUUUUAUCAAUAUUUCCUGACAUUUGUUGACUUCCCUCUAACUUAGAUAUUUAAUACGACACUUAUAUAUGACUCUAUGUGACUCAAGUGCCAGAAUUGUUCAGAGUUUAUGAUUUCUUAUUUUAUCACUUUGCUUAUGAAUCAGUUGAAAUAUGUGUGACUUGGCUCAAGGUCUUUGGUUUCAGUAGAAAAACUGAGGCAGCCUUAAACAGCCAUCUGCUCAGUCCGAGUUCUCCAUGUGUUUCUGCUUAUGUGUGUCCAUAUUACAGUGAACACUCGAAGGCCCAUUCCCAUUUCAUUCCCCUUGGCCCUUCCCCUCUUCCUUUUGCGCGGAGAUUUUUUACACCCUCACUUCGAACCUAGGGGUACCCAGAAUGCCUUGCAAAUCACCGGCAAGCUGGGAGAGAGACCCACAAAUGUAGUAAUUUGUCAAUUAAUAAGGAUUUAAAAAUUAGCCUUAGCAUGCUAGCGAUCUUUUCCCCCCCAUAAUAAUCCCUAAUUUCCCAUAACUUCAUAUCGCACCCCCUCCCAUUAUAGACCUCGAAAUCAAGGGGUAGGGAUAGGGGUGAAAUGGGAUUGGGCGAAAUGUAGCAGUUUCCAUUGACAUCACAGACCUUGGUCAAAGUUAUGGUUUUGCCAAACCCCAGGAAAUCUUCAGUGAUGUUUAUGUAUGAGAAUUUAACAAAUGAAUAGAUUUAAUGUCUUUUGUAGAUUUUUCACUACAGAAGUUGCUGCAUUGUGUCCUCGCUGCUGUUUUUGCACGUGUCUCUUUCUAUUUUUAAAUUCACUUCCACUUUUGGUUUGAGGUCAUAUUUGGUGCUUUUAUAUGGUCGUUAAAACCAAGAGAAUCCCAAGGAGCCACUCUUAACAGUAGUGGACAGCUUCAUGUGGUAAAACACGUGUUUACAUAACAAAGUUCAAUCUGUCUUAAGAGGAGAAAGUAAAACCUCUAACUUAAAGGACUGUUAUGAAAAUGACAUAAAGUGAAUCUUUAUAUAUGACUAUGUUUAGUAUCACUAUGUUAAGUGUACGUUAAGUUUUUUGCACUGAUUAUCGUGCCAAUGCCUUAUGUAAUAUUAUUUUGUUUGUCAUUGAUUUUAUCAAUAUUUUAUGUAAUUAUUUGUAAUUGAAGAAAAACAUAUCGAAUUUCACUAACAAAAUGUAUGAGAGUAUAAGUUUUGUUUUUUAUGUUUUAUGUGCCACCUCCUUAAUGUCAUGACAUUAAACACAUACUUUAUGUUUUUUCACCUCAGA